AUGAGGUCCAUGCAAAAGUUUGGCUAUGAUUGGCUGCAAGGACGAUGGUUCGUGAGUCGUCGCGGGAUUCCGGAAAAAGUGUGGUGCGACAACGCGACCAACAUCGUCGGCGCGGAUCGGCAUCUGAGAGAGUUCCGGGCCCGUCUGGAGGAGCAGGGGGGCGGUAUCGAAGCAUUCGCGUCAAAAAAAGAAUGCGAGUUUGCGUACAUACCGCCCAGAGCACCUCACUUCGGCGGUCUGUGGGAAGCAGGUGUGAAGUCUGCAAAGCACCUGUUCCUUCGGACGGUCGGUCACGACCUCUUGACCGCGGAGGUGCUCGGAACUCUCCUCGCCAGCGUGGAGGCAGUUCUAAAUUCGAGGCCCAUCGGAGCGUUAAGCAGCGACCCCAGCGACGGCGAAGCCCUCACCCCCGGACAUCUCCUGAUCGGCGGCCCGCUAGUCGCACCACCACCGUCGGCACUCCCGGACCAGAUCAGCCCGACCUGCUUGCGAAGAUGGCGCAGUGUCUCGUCGCUCAGGCACAGGUUCUGGCAGCGAUGGUCCCGGGAGUACGUCUCCAGCCUGCAGACGAGGCAAAAGUGA